AUGGAGAAGCAGGUUGGAGAAAAAGCCGAUUGUUUUCUUUCUAAUGAUGUGUCAAUAGACGCUGAAGAUGACGUGAAAGUUUCAAUGGACGUUGAAGAUGACGUGAAAGCUGCUACAUCCGCUGUACAAUUACCGAAGGACAAUACGGAAGACGUCGGAUGCCAACGACCGUAUCCCGAGAUAACAAAGCAAAGUGACGAUGAAUUCGCCGUGAGGUUCUCGGCGGCUCAGGUGAAGGUUAAACUUGCUCAGGCCAAACACGAGGCUAUGCUAGCGGCGGAUGCGGAGCUGCUGGUAGUCAGGAAAGAGCUUGUGGAGCGGCGCUACGAAGUUGCAGACCUCAAACGGGAACGGGAUGCGGUAGUGAGUCAGUUUGAAGCUCUUCAGAUGCGGUUGGAUGCCGUACUACUGGAGCACAAGCAGACAUUGUGUGGUAUGCGCAAGGACCAGCAGCUGGAGAAGCUGCUGGUGACGUUGGACGUGGAGAAGGCCAUUCGGCAGAAGCUUCAAGAAGCUUUUGAAAAGCAGCAGCAGACGCUGGCGCUGGCUCAAGAACGAGUGGAGAAGUUGGAUGGGCAAGUUGCUAGGUACCAAAAGACUGAGACGGUACUGGCCCAGUCCGUUGCGCACUUGCAGCAUCGCUUUGCCAGCAAAGACGAGCAGCGCACAGCGUCAGUGGAGCACGUCCAGCGAGAGCUUAUUGAGCAACAUGAACAGGAAAUGGCGGAGCUUCGCGAAAAAGUAGCAAUCGCGCAGGGUACGGAGAAGAUGGCACAGGAGCAACUGCAGAAGCUUGAGAAGGAGCUCAAGGCAUUGCGCGACCAAGAAAGUGUGGUAACACACGAGCAUGAAUUGCAGGUCAAGAUCACACAGCUAGAGACCGAAAAGGCUGUACUUCGGAGUAAAGCAGAACAAGUGCAAAAGGCGGAUGCUCAGCUUCGCAGCCAGCUCCAUGCUCAGAGCGAGGAGAUCGCGUGUUUACAGCAAGAAAAGGAAAAGCUGCAGCGGGAUAACAAGGAGCUGGGUGAGAUCGCCAGCGACCUGAUGCAGAUGGCUGAGCGGCAGCACUCUGAAAAUGUGAACCGUGGUAUCAGUCCUGCACGACCGACACGAGACACGUCAGUUGCCACACCUGGAAGCACACAUGAAGCGGACGAAAUCUUCUUGCAGAAGCGCAAAAAGCGCUUACGUUUGUCUCUCGGCUAA